GGGGCGCCGCUGAGGCCGUUUGAAUUCCGAGCCAGCCGCCAAACUCGGACAAUAACAGCCCGGGUCGCCGCCGGGGAAGUCGCAGCAGCCGCUCGCCUGCUCGCCCCUCCUCACCUCUCUCUCCCGUGUUUCCAGCUAUGGACUCGCUGCCGGGGGAAGACCCCACCUUGCCCUUGGAGUUCAGCGGCAGUGUGAAUAUGGCCAAAUUUCUUGAUGUAUCGGGAGAUGAAGUCCGAAUUCGUCUGGGAGGUGAUGGAGCAUUACCAGAUGUGGCGGAAGACACAGUGUCACCAACUAGAGCACGGACCAUGAAGGACUUUGAAAAUCAAAUAAUUGAGCUGCGAAAAGAGAAUUUCAACCUGAAACUGCGCAUAUAUUACCUGGAAGAGCGCAUGCAGCAGAAAUUUGAUGGUCCCGAUGAAGACAUCUACCGAAUUAACAUUGAACUCAAAGUUGAAUUGGAAAGCUUGAAACGAGAACUGCAGGAGCGAGAGCAAUUGCUCAUCAAGGCUUCUAAAGCAGUGGAAAGCUUGGCUCAAGGUGAUGCUGAAAUCAAGCGUCUGAAGGAAGAGGCUCAUAAGGAAGUCCAGCAAGUGGAGGAAAGCUUGAAGUGCAAGAUAAGCCACUUAGAGGAGGAUCUUAAGGUGGCGAAGGAAGAAGUAGAGAAAGCGUUUGCAAUGACGGAGCAGGAGAGAGUACUAAGACUUGCAGCCGAACAGCAACUUUCUUUGAUUACAAAUAGGCAGUCAAAGGAUCUGGAUGUGAUGACAGUGCUUGAAGAAAAGGACAGAUGUAUUGAGCAACUGAGUCUGUCUCUGAAAAAUAAAGAAGCUUUAAUCCAGUGCUUGGAAGCAGCAGAGUCCAGAAAUAGAUCUUUGGAGGAGAGUUUGUCAGAAGAAAAAAUCCAAGAUCACCCUGGUGCUUUAGUGCUUGAGAAAGAGGAGGAGCUGGAGGCUCUCAGAACAGAAUUCUACAAUGCAAAACAUGACUUGGAAAAAAAGAUCGCGUCACUCCAGAAGGAACUUCAUGAACGAGAGAUGGAGCUUUCUGUCGAAAAGAUAAAUGCUUUGAAACGAGACAAAACUAUCCAGGGAUUAGUCCUUGCUGUAAAAGUGAAAGAAAAGGAGAAUGAAAAACUUUGCUCUGAAAUUGAAGAUUUAAACACACCAUUGGCUGAAGCCACCCAGAAAAUUCAGAUGCGGAAAUUCAAGGGUGUUGAAGAUCCUCAGACUCUCUUGAUGGAAAAAGAAAGUCUCCUGGCGGAUUUGCGUUCUGAAAACCUGACCAAAGAUCUAGAGAACCAUAAUCUUCAAAGGAAAGUUAAGAAGACCGAACAAGAGUUGCAUGAUUUGAAUCUUGAGAAAGAGACAUUGGUAAAGGAACUAGAAGAGGCUCAGCUACAGAAAAGUAGAAGUGACAAAGCCAUUAAUGACCUUAGAAACCAGCUAGAGAAAUUUCACGAUGAAAUGGCUGACAAAGAAAAGGCCCUUGAGCUUCAUUACAGUGUUCUUUUGAGUGAAGGCAAUCAGAAAUUGCAGAGCCAGGAAUUAGUCAUCACACACCUCACAGCCAGCAUUGCUCAGAAGGAUGAGUUACUCCAGAAACUUGAUGGAGUGAUUAAAGAAAAGGCCAUGGAGUUUCAGACUCUUUUAAAAGAUAAAGAGGAUCUUCAGAAGCAGAACGAAGAUUUAGAAAAGGAGAAGUGUGCUGCCCAGUCACAGCAGCUAAUGAUCCAGAUGAUCCCAGAUUUAGAGAAAACAAAGGAAUCUGAAUUUGCAGGAAUAAUGGAAGGUCUACAGAAAGAGCGUGACAUUUUUUCAGCUCUAAUAAAGUCACUGCAAGAUACCAAUAGCAUAAAUAACGUUCAAGAAGAGUUGCACAACAUUUCUGUGUUGCGUAAGCAACUAGAAGAUGACAUCUUAGCUAACUGGAAUUUGCGGAGAGUGCUGGAAAGUCAAAUCAAAGCUAACAGAAGAGAAGAGGAAACCAUAUCUUCUUGGGGAGAACAGACGUCUUACAUGAGCAUUUGUUUAAGAGACCAGGGUGGUUUGGAGUUGCAGUUGGACCAGCUGUCUCAUGAUGAGCUUAAGAGAAAGGUUGCUGAACUCCUCUCAGUCGUGAAGGAGCUGCAUUUGGCAAAUCAAAACCUAAAAAAAAAUCAACUUGAAAUCUCCACAUUGAACAUUGUGGCAAAGGGAAGUCAGGAUACUCUAGACCAGAGUGAGUUCCUUGAAAGGACAGAAGAAAGUCGGACUCUGACAGAAGCUUUCAAUGACCAGACAAACAGCCAGAGUGGCCAAUCUACUGAGACACCCAAUGAGCAGGCAACUCCUUCGGAUUAUUCGGAUAUACAGUGUCUGAAUCUAAAUAAGCCUGAGUUUGAACAUGAGCUGGCUGAUGGCAAAUGCUUUGGCAGAAGCACAACAGGGGAAAAAGGCGAAGCUCGAGAGAGUGGUUUGCUCAUGUCUCUUUUAAAUGAAAAUGGAGUGGCACUGCUUGGAUCUAGAGAAGAACAAAUACAAAUUGCAAAUAACCUGUUAGAUCAUCUGAACACAAGCGAGCAAGACAGUUCAAGUGGCCAUCUAGAGAAUAAAGAUGAGAAAGAUCUUAAGCAACUGAUUAUUCAGCUAAGAACUGAACUUGAGCAGCAAAGGCAAGCAAAUAAAUUCCUGAAGCUGCAAGUUGAAUCCAAAUCUACUUUGACUGAGGAAGAAGGGCUUGAUCCCAAAACAAUGCUACAGAUUAAUGUGGAUAUUGGAUCAUCAAAAGCUAAAGUGAAAACUGUAGCUACUCAAACAGGGACUGUUGAAGGUAACAUCGUGGGACUGAAACAUGAAGGCCAAAUAGCAAGCUCUGAAUACAAAGCAGCAUCUGCAAGAUUAAAUGAAGAACCUUGGUGGGAGAGAGCCUCUGUGAAGAGUGAACAGCAAGAGAUCCUUCGGCGUACAAGGAAAAUGAACAAAAGUGAUCCAUGCCAGCCAUUCAAGAAAUCCUGUUUGCCUGUUUUACUGAAAUUAUCCAAGUCAUUAGAAAGCAUCUCCUUAAAGGACCCUAUCUGGAAGCCAGACAUGCAACUUCAGCAUCGCAUCUUUGCCUUGGAUGAAGAUCUGAAGGGAAGAAUUAUGCGGCCACGUAAUGAUGAAUUGCAGCCAAGUGAAGUUGUGAGUGAGAGAUCUGCUCAGGAAGGGAUAUUACUAGGAGCUGAGUCAUUGAUCAGAGUAAAUGGCUCUGAAGUGGAUGUCACCUUGGUCAGUGGUGAUAGCAAAGGCGAAACAGCCAAGGAUCUGAGCAGCAGCCAAGAAACAGAAACUACCACACCUGAGUCAAAGCUUGCUAUGAAAGAGCUAAAUCAAGAGUUUGCUUUCUCAGAGAAGGAAGAUGUUGAUGCAACUACCACAUACUCAGACUCUAGGAGCCUGCUUUCACUCAGCUUAAGAAUUACAAGCAUAGAUGCAUUUGACUAUGAAGCUACUGAUGACAUUGAAGAAUUGAGACAAAUAAUUAAGAUUCUGAAGUCUGAACUGGCAAAGUACAGGAUGCUGAUGAUCCACUUUGAGCCUGCCAAGCAACUCCCUUCUGGUGAUAUUUUAAGUACAACUCAGAAUGAUGGGGAGCUGCCCACGCACCAUCAUUUUCUUCCCAUAAUAGAUGCCAGUAGACCAGAGUUGCAGACUUUUUCUGAUGAGCAUCUGCAAGAGGAGCCUCAAAUCCGCAUCAAGGAUCUCACAUCUCAUGACUUGGAGCAACAAAAUGAAAAAAAAAUUCAAAAGCUGAAGGAGCUGCUGUCAGAGAAUGAGAUGGAGUUGGAAAAAGAGCAGAUUGCAAACAUACAUCUUCUGGAUGAGGUGUGCCGUCUGCAAAAUAAACUUAAAGGAGUUUCACUGGCUAGGCACGAUUCCCCAAUCCACUCUCCAGUACAUGAGCAGUCUUACCAGCGUCAGAAGAUUCAAGAGAUCCACAGCAUCUGUGCAACUUACCGCCAGCACCUGUCCAAUUUGAUCAGAGCUUUUGAGGAGCUCUUGCAGGCCAGCGAAGUGGAUUAUUGUGUUGCAGAGGGCUUUCGCGAACAGCUGAAUCAAAGUGCCCAGCUGUUUGAGAGGCUGGAACAGCAGUGUCUGUAUGGAGAGUCAAUAGAUGAUGAGAUGACUCAACUGUGUGGCCUUGCACGAAGUUUAUCUGACUUGGAGAUGCCACAAAAGCCAUCCUCUUUGGAAUCCCCCCAGCCUGAAAAAGAAGAAAUGGAGGGCAAGAGUGAAAACCUGGCAAUCAUGCCGGUCAAAUUCCCCCCAGAGUUGUUGAUGGAGCAUCUCCAAGAAAUACGAAUGUUGAGGCACCAGCUUGAGGAAUCCAUCAGAACCAACGACCGGCUAAGGAAGCAACUUGAGCAACAAGUGUCAGACUCUGCUCAGGAGCAAGGUUCUGCAAACGUUUGUAUUCGUGGCUCGGAGCAACAUAAUUCCCUGACUUCUGAAAUUCAUUUCCUGAGGAAGCAAAAUCAGGCUUUGAAUAUGAUGCUGGCAAAGGGAUCUCAAGAGAAACAAAAGGAAAAUGAAAAGUUGAGAGAAUCCCUGUCGAAGAAGCACCUUGCUGCCGAGCGCCUUCACAAGGACUACGAGCACCUCAAGAAGGAGAAGGAGAAACUGCAGAAGCAGCUUGGGAAGCAAGAGGAAGAAAAUGGGCAUCUGACUCAUGAUAUUUACAGCGUUAGAAAUGAACUAAACAGGCUGCAAAUUGAGCUGAACGCCAAACAGCAUCAGCUGUCAGAGAACGACAAAUUACUACACUCACUGCAACUGGAGCUGAAGGUAUACGAAAAGUUAGAUGAAGCAAUCAGAAGUCAAAAAGAUCUUGGCCGUGACGGAUCGGAUGAAUGCUGGAAAGAUCAAAACCAUCCACUUGACUUGCAUGAACUAUUGACUGAAAUACAGAACUUCAGAAUGCAGCUUGAAAGGAGCAUCAAGGCAAACAAGACGUUGCAUGAAAAAUUGGAAGAACAGCUUUCCAGAGGAAAGAGAGAGGGAGACAGCUUGGGGUCAACUGUAAAUAUCGGCUGCCUUUUAAAGCAAGAAUUGCAGCAUUACACUGGGAUAAACGAUCUUAAAUUCUCUUCUAUGGACAGCAAUGUCAUUGAAUUGCAACGGAAGUACGGAACCUGCAUAGCGCCAUGGAAUGCAGAUACAGAGCUGGCUGUGGAUAAAUCAGACAGUUCCUCCCGAUGCAACUCACCAGCAAACCAUUCCAGUGACCCUUGCCUUGUUCCCAGCCAUUGUGUGUGGGCAGACAAAAAUGGCCGGCACAUCCUUGGCUUGAUCGAAGAUUAUAACUCUUUACGGAAGCAAAUCUUGGAAGGGCGAAAAAGGUUGUCUGAGCUGGAACUUCCUCUGAAAGAAGCAGGACUUCAGGAACUGGGAGUGACGGUUCCACAGCUGGCAUUCCUGAGCAGGCUUUCUACAACCAUUUGUGCAAUCCAGCAUAACCUAGAAGAAGCUGCUCGUUUGUUGAAGCUCCUUUGGAGAGUCUCCCUCCCAAUGAAAGUUGUCCACAAUGUCGGUUAUGCGUUUCAGGAUGAACACAUGAAAGCAGAAAUAAAGAAGCUCCAUCGGAAACUGGCCGAGCAGGAAAAGAGGCUGCACUGCACAGUCAAAUGCUUACAUGCUACCAACCAGCUGAAAGAAAACAUGGAGAGAGUCAUCAUUGAUCAGUUGGCUUUAACUCAUGAUGUCUUAAGGAAGGCACGAGGAAACCUUGAAGUUCAGCCAGCUGAAAACAAGACAUCAGCCUCCAGCCUCAGCAGGAAAAGGGUUUUGUGAAGUUCUGCUUCCCCUAAUAAAGACCAUUUCCCCCCUACUGAGCCUAUUCUUUUGACCUUUUCUUUGGUCUCAAGGCCUUACUGCUUAGUUUACUUCAAGCAGGUUGUCCUAGCAAGGCUGCCAGGCACCCUUGCUAGAAAAACAAGCCUCAGAAAAACCACUUGCUUUAACAUAUAUAACCAAGUUGGGAUUCAAAUGUUGAUGGUGACCACAGCAAGAUGAUUAAGGACAUAAUGGUCAGGGACUUCUCUUUUCUUCCUUUCUGGGUCCCUACCCGCCUUCCAGCUGCUGGAAAGCUUCUCUUCUGUAUGUUUUUUGAAUCAUGGUACGAAAUGACAGGGCAAAAGGAAAACUCACUGCCACAGCUUCAAGAUGGGAGCAAAAGACUGGGUGGGAGUAAUUUAAUUGUGCCUUGGUGGUUUGCUUGAUGUGUUUGUUUGUUUGUUUGUUUGGGUUUUUGUUCUUUGUUCUUUGUUUGAGUUGGUUGUUUUUGGGGAAUGUGAGAUACCAUGAAUAAUAAUCAUAUUGUUAAAUGCAUUGUGAUUAUUUGCUUGGAGGAUUUAACUGAAAACAACCUGGUGCACCACACUAAGCUUCUAAUCUAGAUCAUCACGUCAGUCUGAUAAAAGGUUGGAAUCAAAUGUUCUGUUUUGCAAGACUAACUCCUAGCUGUUCUUUCCCCCCUUUUUGUCACAGAAUGUUACAUCUUCGAAGCAAAGAUAACAUUUUAGCCUAUGGGAAUUGGCCAGCUAAAAGUACCCUUGACCAAACACAUCUAGCUCAAAACCAAAAAAUGUGUAUGCUUACCCUUUAUUUUUGUGCAUCCAUUUUUAAGACUGUUUAUUCACAUGUGGAAUAAGUUCCCCCCUUUUCUUCACAGUGUGUGUGAAAAGCACCAGAGCUACCUCUCCACUUAACUGAAUGGGGCAAUCUCCCCACUCCCAUUGUGGAUGGAAUAGUUUUGCAUCAGAGCUGCUACUGCUGGAACAUCAAGGUGAAAAUUGGGUUGCAUACUCUUGCAGUUUGCAGGAGUUGCUUUGCUUAGCUUACCCUUGACUGGAAAAAGUAUAUGCAGCUGUGAGGACCUAGGAGGAUCUUCAUAGCAGUAUCUCCCCCUGCCUCAAGGACAUUUUCCCCCAGGGAACCUAUUCCCCUGUGGGCUUUAGAUAUCAGCAGGGAUGGCUAACUUGUUGCCCUGCAGGUGUGGUUGGGCUCCAGCUCCCAUCAGCCCCAGCUAGCAAGGUACACAGUGAUGGAUGUCGCUCGCAAUCCAUCUGUCUCAAAAGACAAUGGAGUGUGCCUCCAGGGUUGAAGUAAAACGGCUGCAUCAGCAGCACUAAGCUAUCCUCCCUAGGGUGCAAGCCUGGGCAGUGUGUAUGGAGGUCCUGGGCUGAUCAAAUGAAAAGACCCCCCCCCCCCCGGCCUCUUUUCUUCUCCCGAAGAUAUCCCUUCCCAGGCUGAUGAGCCCUACCUUCCAUCUUCUGCACGUGCCGAAACUGCCUUCUUGACCGUUUGACCCACUCUUAGUCUCAUCCGCUCAAUCCACCAGAGCCUGUCUUCACAUGCAGGGGAAGUCCGUAACUCACCCAGGGUUGGAGACCCAUAGGCUACCCUCAGCUGGUUUAGCUGGGCAGUCAAAGCUGUUUCCCAGGGUGUGGCUACUGCUGCAUGUUGACAGCUUCUAGGAGCCACAGGUGAGAGCUGAGUGCAGGGCAGGGACCAAAGGAGGACUAAGUAUAUUGGAAGGAGCAUGACUGUCCCCUAUCAGAGGUACUACCACUCCCCUAACACUGCAUAAAGGGAUGGUGGGAAUUGAAAUCCAGUGAAUAUCUGCAGGUCCUCAGUUUAGCUACUGCUGCUCUAAAACAUUCCUUUCUAGGUGUUCCUUUUAGAUAUAUUUUAGAAAAAUAUAUGGAAUGUGGGUUGUUUUCUGUGUAUAGAGAGAGUAUUCACUGUAUCUCUGAAAUAUGUGUUGUUUACUGUAACCCUAUGUCUUUGUAACUUGAUUUGCUGUUUUGUAAACUGCCCUGUACUACAUUUGGGGGGGGGUGAGAGAAAGACAGGGUAUGAAUCUGAUAUGUUCCAUGUAGAAAGCAACAGAAUGCUAGACUAGAUGGACUUGUUCAUCAUAUCUAGCAGGGCUGCCUUUAAUGUUCAAAAAAUGGACUUUCCAAUACAUUUUGCCUUAUUUAUCUCUUCUCCCCAAAUUCAAACAGUGUUCUUCGGAGGGUGGGGAAUAGCAACAUCUGGAAUAAAUCUUAGUAAUUUGGCUACAUUAAAUUGCCAUAUGGGUUGGUAUUUGUUGAUCCCCAUUGCUUGGUGCACCUAGAAAUGCUCUAUGGAAUGGUGAAGUUUAACACACACACAAAAUGCCAGUGAAGCAAAAGGGAUGUGUUUAACUGAAGUUAUUUUUCUUUUCAUUACAACUGUAGAAACUAGUUUAGUUAAUGUUCCAAGUUGGUAGAUAAAUGUUAUAGGGCCUACCAGCAAGUAAGGAGACCAGAAGGUAGAGAGAAGACAUGUAUAGAUUGCCUACAAGGAAAGGCCUGUAUGGCUUUUCCAUGUUUCUGAAUCUUGAUGGCAGACUUGAUCCAUUUUUAAAGCAAACCUUCAGUUUGCGCCACAGAAACCAGAGAUGCAAGAGACAGCUUCCAGUCAUCCAGAAGUUGUUUUCCUUCUCCUGGCAAAACCAGCUCACCUCCUGGCUUAGAUUGCUGCUGCCCUUCUGUCUCCCACUAUUCUCCAUUGCUUGGGGGAGGAAGCCGUGGCCCUCCAGACAUUAUUAGAUUCCAACACUCUCCAGCCAAUAAGGAUGAUGGUGUUGCAGUAACAUUUGAAAGACCAGAGGUUCCUGAUCCCUUCCUUCAUCGGGCUGUUAUAUAUAGUAUAGCACACAAAACCAUAUUUGUUUUUCAGUAAUAAAAAAUCUUUGUUUUUCAAUAAAAUGUUGAGGAUUUAUGUUCA